AUGGCAGUCAAGGUCACGCCCGGCCAACUGGAGGCCGGUACCAUAACGGUCCUUGUGCUCGCGUGGACCUUCACUAUCCUGCGGUUCGUUGCCCGUCGCCUACGCAGGGUCGGUCUCGGGACAGAUGACUAUCUUCUCAUUGCCAGCCUGGUAAGAAUUGUAUUUGCCAUGAUCCGUCAUGGGAUGGGCCGUGAUACCGGUCCUGAUCUCUCUGCGCAUGAUGAGCUGAUGGUGAAACAACUACUCUACGUCUUUGAAAUAUUUUAUGUGAUCGACCUGCUGCUCAUCAAGCUCUCGAUCCUGUUCAUGUACCGGCGCAUCUUUACAGACGUAUCGCGUUUCUUCCGGGUGGGCGCACGAAUAUGCGGCGGUAUCGUGGUGGCAUGGGCGCUGGCCUUUGUACCGGCGGCAACCUUUCAAUGCACGCCGGUGUCCAAGGCCUGGGAUUCCGACAAAGAAGGGCAUUGUAUUGAUCUGCGCGUGGGAUUUAUUUGUGUAGCGAUACCAAAUAUCCUGACAGAUAUCGCCAUCCUCGUGUUGCCCGUGCAUGUCUGUUGGAACCUUGCCGGGAGGGUACUGUACCGACUUUCUAUCUGUGGUAUCUUCCUACUGGGUGCAUUCGUAAUCGGCGUGAGCAUCUAUCGAUUUACGCUCCUGUUCCUGUACUCGCCCGAGAAUGUGCCCGGAACAAUCGCGCCAUCGACAAUCUGGUCUGUUAUCGAAUGCGCAGUGGCCAUUAUCUGCGCUUGCCUGCCAAACCUGAUGCCUCUCGUGCGGCUGGUUUGGUCUAGUUGCCACUGUAGUCGGCAGUCGCACGACAGGGAGUUGCCUGACCCCCCAGAGCACCGCAACGACGGAACUGUGGCAUUGAACAAGAAACAUGGUGUCAAUGGCUCGAUGGCCAGCGUGAAUGUGGCAGGGAGUGGCGCGGGGAGCAAUGACAGCGCAGCACGGGGAAUGGUGUCCGUAGAGCAGGUAUUUGUGUAA